AUGUCUCAAAUAUCUAAUAAUAAUGGCGCUGCCACGAAUAGUCAAGCUGGCAUUAGAAGAAAAUUAGUGAUAGUAGGUGACGGUGCAUGUGGUAAAACAUGUUUGUUGAUUGUAUUCGCAAAGGGUAAAUUCCCCCAAGUUUACGUUCCAACAGUUUUUGAUAAUUAUGUAGCCGAUGUGGAAAUCGAUGGCAGAAGAGUAGAAUUAGCCUUGUGGGAUACUGCUGGCCAAGAAGAUUAUGAUAGAUUAAGACCAUUAUCAUACCCCGAUUCUAAUGUUGUAUUAAUUUGUUUUUCAAUAGAUUUACCGGAUUCCUUAGAAAAUGUCAUGGAAAAAUGGAUCUCUGAAGUUUUACAUUUCUGCCAAGGUGUUCCUAUUAUUUUGGUUGGUUGUAAAGUCGAUUUAAGAACUGACGCUCAAGUCAUUGAAAAUCUAAGAGCUAACGGCCAGGAGCCUGUUUCUCAACAGCAAGGUCAGGAUGUCGCUGAUCAAAUCGGCGCCGCUGAAUAUAUUGAAUGUUCCGCCAAAACUGGUUUUGGUGUAAAAGAAGUUUUUGAAGCUGCUACUAGGGCUUCGUUAAGAGCCAAGAAUAGCAAAAGGGCAGGUAAUAAUGGUGGGAAAAAGAAAAUUAAGAAUAAGAAAAAGAGAAAGUGUAUUAUUUUGUAA